CUCUGGUCACACUGUCUUUACUCGAGAAUAAAUGAAAAUAAACCAAAUUUUCAAAUUGGGCUCACAGUUGGCCAUGAUCCAGGCCCGUGCUAACCAGGCUGACAAGUAGACCGCAUUGCCAGAAAGCACUUCUUUCGAACCGGGCUUGAAUCCCAACAUCCGAUUCUCGAUUCCCGAUGAACGCAAACGCGAACGGUAACGGAGGCGCGCCCGUCUCUGGCGGAUUUGGUGGCGGUCCAGGUGCAGGUGCUGGUAUUGGUGCGGGUGCUGCAGCAGGAGCAGCGGCCGCUGCGGCGGAGCCACCGGGUGAGGCAGCCGGCGGAGCUGUGGGCGGUGUAGCCGGAGGAGGAGGAGCUGGUGUUGCUGCUGGUGCUCCACCUUCGCCAACCAAUCCAAAUGGAUCGAAAAACACGGUAAACGGCACCACCAGCCUCAACGAAGAUCAGGACGCAAAGCGCCGCAAGUGUCUGGAGUCGGAUGAAGGUGCCAGCACGAUGAUUGACGAGAAUAGCGUGCGUAAUAAGAUUGCCAACCUUUACGCCGAGCAGCUAAUGUCGGACAUAGUGCUACUGGUGGACGGGAAGGAGUAUCCUGCCCACCGGGUCAUCCUGUGCGCCAGCAGCGAUGUCUUCCAGGUGAUGCUGAUGAACCCCGAGUGGAACGAGUGCAGCAAACAUGUUAUCGAGCUGCACGAGGAACCCUGCUGUUCGGCGGUCUUCCCGCAGUUCAUCAAGUACCUGUAUGUGGGCCAGAUCGAGGCCACUCUGCAGACGGUGAUGCCGAUGCUGGCGCUAAGCGACAAGUACAACGUUCGCGACCUGAUCGACCUCUGUGUAGACUAUAUGAACAAGCAUGUGGCCAAGGCGGCCACCAGUGGCUAUCUGGUGUCCUGGCUGCAGUACACCCUCUCAUUUACGCCCACCCACAACGAUCUCACCGAGACGCUGAAACGAUUCCUAAAAUGGAACCUCGAAAUGGUGGCCGAGUCGCGCGACUUUGUGGACAUGGAUCCGGCCAUACUACAGCUGCUGCUGCAGCAGAACGAUAUUGUUGUCAAGAGUGAGUACAAACUGUUUGUCGUCCUGCAGACAUGGCUACUUCACCGCCGAGAGCAAAUGGAGGCGAACUCGGCGGGCGGCGCCUCCAGCUUCAUGGAGCUGAUCGAGCAGACGGUGAGCCACAUUCGCUUCGGCAUGAUGACGACGAAGCAGCUGUCGUACCUGAUGAAGGGCCCGCUUAUCGAAUACCAUAAGGAGUUCCUUGUCGAGCGCAUUGCCAUUGGGAUGAGCUACCAGUCUGGCCAGGAGGACAGGGUGCGUGAGGUGCGCGCCACCGAAUCUGGCGAGCUACAGUUUACUCCGCGCAUCUACUGGAACGACACCUGGAGUGUGGAUAUCGAUGUGCAUGACUUUGACAAGAUUGAUAACUACAAGAACUACGUGACCUGCUUCUUUUCGCAGCGCCAUAUCGCCGAAACCGAGGACGACCCUUCUAUGACCUGGGACAUUGAGUUCUUUCCGCGCGGCGUUGAGUACAAUAAGGCCAAAAUGGUAUGCGGCGGCUAUGUGCCCGGCUGUUCCUUGGAUACUGUGCGUCUACGGGUUACCUGCAAGCAUCAGAAUAUUGGCGAGGAGCGCUUCAAGAUCGCUGUCCUGAUCGUGGGCGUGCAGAACGAGAUCACGCACAUCCGCACGGUGGUGGAGCGCACCGAAUACUUCUCGGAUGCAUCGCGAGUGAUUAACCUGGACCACCUGCUGCCGUACAAGGAGCUGGAGCAAUCAUCGACGUCCCUGAGUCCCCAUCUGACGGGCAGCAAACGGAACACACUCACCCUGCAUGUGGUCAUCACACCGAUGGAUGCCCACACCUGCCGGGACACGCCGCCGUUUCAGUUCUAAGCCCGCCAUUGGCUCGCCUGGGGAAGAGCACAGCUUGACACUAGCCGUACACCUCCGUACACAUUCCGGCAGCACACCAAACACUACACACAGACCAUACACACACCCAAGCGUCCACACUGGCAGCCAUUGUAAUUUCAAAUUUGUAUCUGAGACUGCGAUCUGGGACUGUCCUGAGUCACCUUCAGAUCAUGCAUAAUUUGUAAAUUAACGCUUUUAA